ACACGUUGGAGGUCAGGAGGAGGAGGAGAGUGAGUGUUUGAGCAGUGAAGUCCAGCAGCAGGACCAGGCUGACCGGGCUCAUCAGCCACACGGCGGCUGGCUCUGUGCCUGCGUUACAGCGCUGGAGCUGCUGCUUCUGCCUUAUUCUGUUCAUCACCCGCAUCCAGCGCUGAAGGCUUAAUGCUCCUCGCUCUCAGCGCCCGAGACGAGAUUAGGAGAGAGGAAGAUGCGCAAGGACGUCAGGAUUCUGCUGGUGGGAGAACCCAAAGUGGGGAAGACGUCUCUGAUCAUGUCUCUGGUCAGCGAGGAAUUCCCAGAUGUGGUUCCCUACAAGGCUGAAGAGAUCACCAUCCCGGCCGACGUUACUCCAGAGAGAGUUCCUACACACAUAGUUGAUUACUCAGAGGCGGAACAGACGGAUGAACAGCUGUAUCAGGAGAUAUCAAAGGCUAAUGUCAUAUGCAUUGUGUAUUCCGUCAACAACAAGAAGUCCAUUGAAAAGGUGACCAGCCACUGGAUCCCACUCAUUAAUGACAGAACGGAUAAAGACAGCAGGGUUCCUCUGAUCUUGGUGGGAAAUAAGUCGGACCUGGUGGAGCACAGCAGCAUGGAGACCAUCCUGCCCAUAAUGAAUAAAUACACAGAGAUAGAGACGUGUGUGGAGUGCUCAGCAAAGAAUCUAAAGAACAUCUCAGAGCUGUUUUAUUAUGCUCAGAAAGCAGUCUUGCACCCCACCGGACCGCUGUACUGCCCUGACCAGAAAGAGAUGAAGGCUGCAUGUGUCCGAGCGCUCACUCGCAUCUUUAAAGUCUCUGAUUUGGAUAAUGAUGGAAUUCUCAAUGAUAAUGAGCUCAACUUCUUCCAGAGAACAUGUUUCAACACGCCGCUGCCCCCUCAAGCUCUGGAGGACGUGAAGAACGUUGUGAGGAAAAAUACAACGGACGGAGUUUGUGUGGACGGCCUGACGCUGAAGGGAUUCCUCUUUCUGCACACGCUCUUCAUCCAGCGUGGUCGGCAUGAGACCACGUGGGCGGUCCUCCGUCGCUUUGGUUAUGAUGAUGACCUGGAGCUGCAUCAGGAUUACCUCUUCCCUCUGUUAAAAAUACCUCCCGACUGCAGCACAGAGCUCAACCACAACGCCUCGCUCUUCCUGCAGGGCGUCUUUGAUAAACACGACAAGGACAGAGACUGCGCGCUGUCCCCAGAGGAGCUUAAGGAUCUGUUUGAUGUUUUUCCCUACAUGCCCUGGGGCCCAGACGUCAACAACACAGUGUGUACCAAUGAGCACGGCUGGAUCACCUACCAGGGCUUCCUCUCACAGUGGACGUUAACUACGUACCUGGACGUCCAGCGGUGCCUGGAGUAUCUGGGUUACCUUGGUUACUCCAUCAUUGCAGAGCAGGAGUCCCAGGCUUCUGCCAUCACAGUGACACGGGAAAAGAGUCUGGAUCUGCAGAAAAAACAAACCCAGCGCAGCGUGUUCCUCUGUAAAGUGUUUGGGGGUCCUGGCAGCGGAAAGAGUGGGCUCCUGCAGUCUUUGCUUGGACACAACCUUAUGCAUCAGAAGAUGAUCAGAGAAGAACACAAGUCAUAUUACGCUAUCAGCACUGCCCAUGUUUAUGGUCAGGAGAAAUACCUUCUGCUCCAUGAAGUCUUCCCAGAUUUUGACUACCUGUCUGAGUCGGAUCUGUCCUGUGACGUUGUGUGCCUGAUUUAUGAUGUCAGUAACCCCUGCUCAUUUGAAUACUGUGCUCAGAUAUUUAAGCAGUACUUUGUGGACAGCAGGGUUCCGUGCAUGCUGGUUGCAGCGAAAGCAGACCUACCAGAGGUUCGACAGCAGUUCAGCCCGAGCCCGCUGGACUUUUGCAGGACAUACAGGCUGCCCCCUCCACAGAGCUUCACCUGCAACACCGCCAGCACCCCCAGCAAGGACAUCUUCAUCAAACUCGCCACCAUGGCCACAUACCCUCACGCUCGUCUACGCUGUAUGUGUACCUGCAACAGGUGCACCUUCUGCCUCUGUCAGAACUUCCUCAACUCAGAACUUCUUCACACGGUCAAAGCCAAACUCUACACGGCCAUCUCCAGCAGGCACAUGUCUCAAGUGGAUCUGAAGAGUUCCUCUGUGUGGUUGAGGGUCAGUCUGGGGGCAGCUGUCUUUGCCGUGUUGGGCUUCACUAUGUACCGCCUGCUGCUCAAGCCCCGGUGAUCCACCAUCGUCAUUAAAGCUAUCGUUUUACCAAGCUAUUUCAGCCAAAUAUACAGCUAAAACGCACAUUUAAACACAUCCCCCACUUUCCCCCACAGCCAGCACUGCUUUGGUGUCUGAAAUUUGCAUCUUUAGUUUUAGCACUGGAGCUACUUUACAUACUAUUUCUCUAUAUAAAUGGACACUAAAUCCAUGCUUUUAAGAGAGCUGCUACUGUUUUUGACUAUGUUGACGUAUUCCCCCGGCAUACACACAGUUUUAGGGAUAAUGUAUCAUACGGUGUCAGAAACCACAUUAUCAAGACUAUUGGAGGUAUUGAACAACUCGUCUGAACUGAUGAUCAGUAGGAGAUUUAAUUUAGGGCCUUUUCAAUGGAUUUUAGUGUAAUCAGAUUAAAAUUCUGUCUCAAUGUUUUUGACAGCCCAAUUAUGCCAUAAUUAGUGCUUCAACAGGUUUUCAUGGGCCAAUGCCAGCAACGUGUAGAGUACAGCGUGGCUGAUGGCUGUUCUGAUGGAUUUUUAAAAAAUACAGACCACUAAAAAAUGACAAUAACACUGUAAUAACAGAAAUUGCAGCAUUAUUAAAGAUUACAGAUCCUUUACAAAGCACUUCUGUUCAAUCAUUUUUAAUUAAGAAAGCAAUAAAACAAUGUAUUGAGUGUUGUUGCAGCAAAAUCUCCAAAUAAAUGAACUAUUUACAGAGGAGUAUGCUGCAUAGCUAAGAACUAAGAUAACCUACAGCCUCAGAAUAGUCCAUAUUUAUAGAUAGCAGUGAGUCAUACAGUGUCAGAAACCACAUAAUCAGGUCUGUUAGAGAUACUGAACAUCACAUGCUUUGAGGCAAAUAAUGAUUUUUGACCUGCUGUUGUUAAUUGAUGGAACAUUAUGCUUUCAUUGCUUGUUAACUACCUACACAGCUCCAGUGCAAAACUUUAUAAAGAAUAAAACUUUAGACACCAAAAGUGUUGGGUUCAGGUAAGAGGGGGUUUGAUUUAGUCUUAGUUGCAGUUUUGGCUGAAUUAUCGCUUUAACGUUCACUGAUCCAGUUUAUGUGCUUCAGUCAUUCCUGCCUGCCAACACAAACACACUCCAUCUCUCAGAGUUCACCCACUCAGUUCCCCUCUUUCCUCUCUCACUCAGCUGAGAACAGAUAAUUGUGGUUUGCUUUGUAUUUUAAAAGUUAACCGACGCCCUGUUUCUGUCCAAAUAUUAAAAGGGAACUCCACCAAUUUUUUAAAAUGUCUGCUUAAUUUAAUCGCUGUGAUGUAAACAGGGUGAUUCUGAGUGGUUUGGUGUGAGAUGGUUCAGAUGUCUUUACACUGGUGGUGAUGGGAACCAGGGGUCACCAUGACAACAACACAAAUAUGGACAUUUUAUUUUUAUUUACUAUCCAAACCCACCAGUGAACCUACACGUGUCUUCUGAGAUUUAUAUGGGAAAAUAGUGAUAAAUCUGAAAAUACACAUUUUCUUUGGGGACUAUUUUUGCCUCACAACUCCCUGCAUUUAUCCCUCCACCAUCAGUGGAGUGUUAAAUACUUAUUAGGCCUUAAACAAUGUUUCAGACAUCAGGCAGCAUAUUCUCAUCUAUUUAGCAUGGACGUCUGGUUCCUAUCACCACCACUGUGAACAAUCCUGACUCUAGAACGGAGCAUUUCGCACCAAACCACUCAGAAUUAUCUUAUCUAAGAAGAUGUUUUGAAAAACUGAUGAAGUUCACACGCCACCCCUCCAUGACAAUACAUGAUGUCCUGUUUUGGGUGAGAAGCAUGAGAAUGUGUGUUGAGAGGAAGUGUUGCAAAACUAUGAUGCAAAUGAACAAAUUGUAAAUAUGAUCAUGUGUAUAAAGGCUAUUUAUUUGUAUCUGUAAAUCUACAGAAAAAAGGGAACAAACUGGUUUCCUAGAUAAGCUAAGCGGCAGGCAAGUCGUCUCAUUCUGUCUAUAGUUAAAGCGUUAAUGACCAAACUUGAGGAGAAAAGUUAAAUACCUCUCCUGUUCAAAGGAAAUCAUGUCAUAGAUUCACUGAUCUAUAAAGCAUUACAUGAUCUGGUGUUGCUUUUUAAAUAAUCUGUAGAUCUGCAGUGACAGCAGUUAACUUCUCUAUUUCAAGGCAAAGACCGACAGGAAAGAAAAUUUCCCAAUUUCCCUCUUUUACCCCAAAUGUAGUCAAUUAGCCAAGACAUGCUGGGUGUCUGAAGUUUGCUUCUUUAGUUUUAGCCCUGGAGCGACGAGGCUAAUUUCACUAACAAGUAAUGGGAUCUUAUACAGAAUCAAUUAGCAUGGAUUAGCACUCACUUCUGUCCAAGUGCGUCAAGUUGUUAAAAAUCUCAGUGUUUUGUUUUCUGACGGUCUGAUUUAUUGUUCUUUUAUACAAAACUCAAAAGAAUAUUUUCAGUGUGUGUACAGUGCUAACUGCUGAAGUAUUAGCGUAAUAUUCCUGGUUAGCUACAUUAGCCUCGUAGAUUCAGUGGUAAAACUAAAGAACUUGGGACACCAAACGUGUCUCGGCUGGUCGUCUACGUUUAAGGUGAGAGCGGAAAAUGUGAAAAUCAGAUUUACUGCAGCCUUUAAAUGAUUUUCCUUAGAAGUGGUACUGUCAGCACUAUGAGCUGUAAAAGGCUUCCCAGAAGUCUUAGUUGUCUUGGGUGUAUCCAAGACCACCUGCAUGUUUCAGUUGCCUCCCAGUGUACUACUAGUUAAAGAGCUGUUGGCAGAAACCAGUAGAGGAUUGUGGGAAGGUUUAUUGUGUGCAGCUCCACUGCUCCGAAACGCUCAUCACAAAGUUUGAUUUUUCCAUCUUUUCCAAAGUUUUAAAUAAACCAGUCCUGCAAACAGUGA